GGUUUAAUUUAAGAGUUUAUUGGGCACCGGAUUUCUAACAUACUGAAAAUCACUGCAGGAACUGGCGGAAUGGGAACACAAGAGUAAAGUAAAUGGCAAAAUGCAUGCAUGUGCUCAUGAUGCGCACGUUACCAUGCUCCUCGGUGCUGCAAAGAUACUGCAAGAACUGCGACACACAUUAAAGGGUACUGUUGUUCUUAUAUUUCAACCGGCUGAGGAACGGGGUACAGGUGCAAAAGAUAUGAUCCAAGAAGGUGCGCUUGAAAACGUUGAGGCCAUUUUUGGUGUACACUUGGUGCAUAAGUAUCCCACCGGUGUUGUUUCAUCACGGCCCGGAGAAUUUCUAGCUGGAUGUGGGAGCUUUAAGGCGAAAAUUAGUGGGAAAGGAGGACAUGCUGCAAUUCCACAACACUCUAUUGAUCCAAUUUUGGCAGUUUCGUCAUCUGUAAUUAGCUUGCAAAAUAUUGUUGCAAGGGAAAUUGACCCUUUAGAUUCUCAGGUGGUUUCUGUAAGCAUAAUUGAUGGAGGUACAGAGUAUAAUACUAUCCCGGACUCGGCUACAAUAGCCGGAACUUUUAGAGCUUUCAGCAAAAAGAGCUUCUCAUUGCUUCGGGAAAGGAUAGAAGAGGUUAUCAAGGGGCAGGCGGCUGUGCAUCGGUGCUCUGCCGAGGUUGAUUUCGAGGGAAGAGAACAUCCCACACUUCCUCCAACGGUGAAUGAUGAAAGAAUAUAUGAACAUGUAAAGUGGGUCUCAGUUGACUUAUUGGGAGAAGAAAAAGUAGAAGUGGCUCCUUGCUUCACAGGGAGUGAAGAUUUUGCUUUCUUCUUGGAUGAAGUUCCAGGAUCCUUCCUGUUUUUAGGCAUGUGGAAUGAGAAGGCGGGAGCCACAUAUCCUCCACAUAGCCCUUACUUUUUUAUUGAUGAGGAUGUGUUUCCCAUUGGAGCAGCCAUACAUGCAGCAUUUGCACAUUCCUAUCUUUUAAAUUCAACUAAUUAUAAGAAUUCUUACUGAUUAUUUGGAGCAUAUA